AUGCCUCACCGUCUACCUGAUCCUGAUUCCCUCGUCGCCGGCGUUCCCAUCAGCAGCUCUGCCUCCUUGACUAAGACGGCAGCCGGUUCCUCCUCGUCUUCGCAGCCCAUCAUGGCCGAUGUCAACCAGGCCCUCGAGAUCGCACGCGAGAGCCCCGCGGGAGCCGCGGACGCUACCGUUCGCAAGAUCCUCGAUCAGGCCAUCACGCAUAUCUGGAGGAAGAUCCAGGCCGAGCCAGACUCGUACAUCAUGACGCGCGACGAGUUCUCCGUCUUCAACUACUUCCAGCACCGCUUCGUCGGCGACGAAACUGCGGUUGCGGCUCGCGCUCGGUACUGGAACAGCAUGAAAGCUUAA